AUGUCAACCUGGCCCGAAGUUGCAAUCCAGCACCUGCUGGACUGUGCUGCUUUGGAUGUUUUGGCAGCCUUGGCCCGGUGCAGUCGUGCCGCUGCUGAAGCAGUGUCGGCCACCAAAGAGGUUCUUCAGGAGCGGUUUGCCAGAGAAGAUUCGCCAGAAUCACAAAGGUGUUGCGACUUGUAUGUUCGGCUCCAGCGACGGCGGCUUCCAAAUGGACUGCUUCACGGGCUGGAGCGAUCCACCUGUGUUCCCUACCGUGUAGGAGGACCUGGGAGUCCAUCUUUCUAUGCGGAGCGCGUGUGGAAGGAAGGACGGCUGGUUAAGGAUGCAGUUUGGGAGACGAACAGCUGGAAGCGUUCUGGGAACUUCCUGAAUGCCUCAGAGAUUCACGAGCUCUGCUCGAGCAGAGAGUACGACCUCGAGCCGCCGAAACCGCUGCAGCUCCACCACCCACUGCUCCAGGCCAUGCAGGGCCUGGCGAUCUAUGGCAUGCCCUGUGUCGAGCGCAAGUGGCAACAGAAGGGGGAGCCUCCCCAGGCCUUAUGUGACUUGUGUGACAUUUGCCCGGGCAUCUUUGCACCGCGGAGGCAGGGCCCCGGCCGGCCUGAGCCCCGAGGUGAAAAGUCCUCCGGCGGCAAUUCGAAGGGAAAGGAUGGUAAAAAGGGCGGCAAGGGGAAGGGUAAAGACAGAGGAAAAGGAGAUCGAGACAAGGGCGGAGGAAACUCCCAGAAGCAGGGUCAGGACCAAGAAGGUGAGAAGGCUGGCGACGGAGAGGAAUCCAAGCCGGGGAAGGAGGGUGGCAAGGGCAAAGGCAAGGGAAAGGGAAAAGGAAAGAAGGGCAAGGUCGCCACCAAGAUCGCCUGGGGAGA